AUGGUGCUCACCCUGCUCGUCUCCCUCUACAAACUCUGCCGGUUCUUCGCCAUGUCGGCUGCGGAGAGGCUGACCGUGCCCGAGUGUGUGAGCCAGGCGGGCAGCUGGGCCGGCGGGGGCAGCUCCAGGGAGCACCGGGAGGUUUCCCCGGGGGUGAACACCGAUGUGCAGGCAGCCCUGGACCGCAUCCUGCCUGCCCUGCACCGGGCCAUCACCCGCGCCAAGCAUGCCGGCCCCGCGGAGCUGAGGAAGGCCAUCGCUGAGGUCUUCCAGCUGGUGGAGGAAGCCUGGGGGAUGCCCACGCUGGGGAGGGACGUGGCCAAAGUGCU